AUGCCGGUUCUGAUGUCUCGUACGCACAAACCCGACUCCACCAACGCUGCUAGUUCCAGCAGCAGCAGCGGUGGCGCAAGUACGCGGCCACGAAGCAUCGCGUCGACACGCAGCACACGCUCUUCGCACAAGGAAGCCGAGCUUCGAGCCCGCUGGGAGAUGGCCCAAGCCAUCCAGAAGCCCUGGCCUCUGCAUCUGCUCGAGAACGGAACCAAGACCAAUCCUGCACCUCAACGAAGCGAAAAGAAACGUGCCUCCUUCUCCCCACCCCCACCUGCCGCAGACGAGACAAAGAAACGAUCCUCCAUCUCGGGCUCUUCCACAGCUUCAUUCACAAACUGGAUCCGAAAGAAACCUUCUCCGCGCGAAUCUUCGCCCGAGUCUGCUUCAACCUCCCCCUCCAGCUCUCCUAAACCCCUCUAA